UUCAUUCUGUUGAGUAAAGAGCAUGGUGCUGGAAAGACGUGGAGGACACUUUUAAAGAGUGCUUUACAUGUUAUUAGGAAGCCCACACACUCCACCAGUGAGCCAUGAGCAAACGGAAACUGAAUUUAAAACUGUUCGGGAGCCUCUCCAAUCUCUCCUUCCGCCGCUCAACAGGGAAGAAGAGCACCAAAGCGUCCCUGGAGUAUGAUGGGAGCUUUUCCGGGGACAAAUCUGCAGGGAUGGGCAACCAGUCGGUGGACGACAUGGAGUCCUGCCUCCACAGCCCCACCUACGCCCGCUCCUGUGAGAUGUACACACAUGUGGGGACUGUGCCUCGCAAUGACAAGCAGAAGAAGAGCUUCAAGGGGCUAAAGGAGAAGAAGACCAAGACAGAGGAGGAGGAGGAGGAGAAAGGGAUGAGUGAGAGGCAGGGCAAUUUGAAGGCGGGAGAGCAUGUCCGGGACUCGCCCCUGCUUGGUGCUCUGACAAGCCUUAGUGUGAACAAUAUGGAAAAGCCUCAGCCUGCUUCUACGUUGGCCCGGUCACUGCCAGUGACACCGACAUCCAGCCGGACUUCACCUUUGACCUCAGAAUCUGACAGCUGUGAUCCUGCUGUGGAAUCUUUAACCAGCAGUGAGGCAUUAAAGAGCAAGAAUGAUUUAGAAACAGCCAGAGAGCCUUCAGUUAAGAGCCACAAGGCUGCUUCGAACCAGGAUCUGUAUGUGCCGAUGGAUCCUAUAGCUGAAACAGCCCACAGCCACCUGGACCCCCAAACAGAGAGACUGCGAGGCGUCACACGUACACAGGAAACCACCACAACCAUGAAAAGCUCACAGGAAGUGGAGUAUGCUGACAAGCAUCAGGACAUGACAGAUGGUGGAGGAGAAUAUGUGAAAUUCUCCAAGGAGAAGUUCUGGUUGGAGGCGCCGUCUGAGAAGCUGAGGAAGCAGCUGGAGGAAGAGCUGAGGCUGAGCGGCACAAACCUGAAGAGCCACGCUUGGUACCACGGAUGCAUCCCCUGGCAGGUGUCGGAGAGCCUUGUGGUGAACCAUGGUGACUUUCUUGUCAGGGACUCUCAGUCCAGUCAGGGUGACUUUGUCCUUACCAGCCGGUGGGAGCAGAAAACGCUUCACUUCCUCAUCGGGAAGGCGGUGGUUCAGUCCGCUGAGACGUACACUCGGGUUCAGUACAGCUUGGAGGGCGAGGCCUUCGACUCCUUACCUGCCCUUGUUCAUUUCUAUGUGGGCAGCCGGGCGGCUCUGACUCGGUGGAGCGGAGCUCAGAUUCACCAGCCAGUCAACAGGACGUUGCCACUUAGCUACCUGGAGACGGCUUUCCGCACCACUGCCGUCACCUCAUCGGGUCAAAGGGGGCUGAGGAACGGUAGCAUGGGAGGAGAGGAGAGGGUCUGUCCGAGAAGUCCUUCCUCUAACAACCACAAGGAGGCAGACGUGAACAGGGAACAGGAUGGCCAGCUGAGUCCUGGAGAAUUGUUUCUUUCUACUCCUUCUAGCCGCUCCGCCACAUCCAGAACUCCAUCCAGCAGCCGGACUCCCACUGUGACUCCGUCCCUGCCAAGGCGCUCGGACACCGUCCAACCUCUGCCCUCUCCCAGCAGCACUCUACAGAGACAGCAUCUUGACAGACCCCAACCUCACCACACCCAGGUCUCUCCCUCCUCUCAUGCAGACGGGAGCUGCUACACAGAGCUGUACCCUGGUCCUCAGAGCUAUGUGGAGAGGCUGCAGGCAGAAGAGGGGUCAGCGGGGGUCGACCCACUGAGGGCCGAGGAUGGGAAUGUGUACUUUUCGCCUGUGGUGGAGACGGUCUCCUGUUUCAAACCCAGCAGGUACCAGUCACCACUGAUGGGAAAAGAGAAUAAGCCUCUAGAAGUGGGCGUCCUGCGGAGGGUGAAGGAGCUUCUGGUGGAGGUCGAUCCCAGGACAAUGGCCAAACACAUCACCAAGGCUGACUGCAUGGUGGCCAGAAUUCUGGAGGUCACGCCAGAGGUGCAAAGAAUGAUGGGCGUUACCUCCGGGAUGGAGCUGCUCACGCUGCCACAUGGACAACAGUUAAGACUAGACCUGCUGGAGAGGUUUCAAGCCAUGUCGAUUAUGUUGGCUGUGCACGUGUUGGGCUGCACGGGGACGACUGAAGAACGAGCCUGCCUGCUUCACAAAAUCAUCCAAAUCGCUGCUGAGCUCAAGAGCACAAUGGGCAAUAUGUUUGGCUUCGCUGCAGUCAUGAGAGCCUUGGAGCUUCCGCAGGUGUCCCGUCUGCAGGAGACUUGGAUGGCGUUACGGCAGCGGCACACAGAAGGUGCCAUUCUCUAUGAAAAAACUCUCAGGCCAUUUAUGAAGAGCCUGAACGAUGGAAGAGAAAGCUGUCCGCUGUCCAACACCACUUUCCCCCACGUCCUCCCUCUUCUGACUCUGAUGGAGAAGAAUGCAGUGGUGGGUGAGGAGGGGACAGAACUGUGGGAAACGGUGGAAGUCGGGGUGGAAGUGGUCAUGUUCCACCUUGGGGCGGCGAGAACCAUUGCCCAGCUAGGGGGCAUCUACCGCUCUAAUGCUGAGAGCAAAUUACAAGGUUUCCGGGAGCAGGCCGAAGUCCUGGAGCUUUUCCUGACUGAUUUCCAGAUGCGGCUGCUGUGGGGGAGCCGGGGGGCCGAGGAGCAACAGGCUCUGCGAUACUCUAAGUUUGACCAGGUGCUCACCGCCCUGUCCAACAAGCUGGAGCCACCCAUCAGACGACACUGACCCCAGCACUGUUUUUAGAGGCCUUGUUUAUGAGCUCAUGCCUACAUACAUGGACAAUUACUGUGUUGGACACUGAGAAGCUCCACCACUGAAAGCUCAUUAAAAGGGAAAGCGCUGUGAUCUUUCAAACAAGGAGGCUUCUUAAGCGUGUAGACACCAGAACGAAGCAGUGCACCCACUUAGUUCAAAUCUGUCACAUGUAGCAGACCGGGAUACUUGAAGAGUGAGACUGAAAUUUUAUAAAUGCUUACCUUCCCAUACCAGCACUUUUCCAGUUUCUUUUGAAGCUAAACUGAUGUAACUCAAGGUUGAGGAACUUUGUCUGAAAGCUUCAGCAGAAUGACGACAGUUUGUGAAAGAAACCACUAAAUGCUUUGAUGGAGUCUCCAGAGGGUGUUUUUAUUUUUGACUGAGGACUUGCACUCCUUCAACAACGUCAGAGAUCAACAUUGUCCUGUGUUAGUUUACCUAACAAAGGACUGCAUGUACUCCACAGUGGCACAGGGCGACAUGAUUUGGAAGUGUAAAUAUUUGGUGCCCUUUAGGUUACCGAGGCUGUGCCUCAGUCUGAUAGGCUCAUGUUUGUAAAUAUUUUAAUCUCCCUAAAGGCUGGACCUUAGCUAAAUCCACAAACAUAUGUCACAUUGUAGAAUGUAAUAACAGAAUAACUGUACAUCUGUAUUUCAGUUUUUGUUUAGUUUUUUGUAUCUUUUCAGUAAUUAGGAUUUUAUGAUUUGAAGAGAUUAUUAAAUGUAACCUGGGGUCA